AAAAGGACUCUGAGACUGAAGGCACUGAAAUGAACUUGUACUAUUUAUACUAAUGAUACUGGAUGUGAUCCACCUCCUGCCUCACAGAGACAGUCCACCUCACGUCCCUGCAGAAGAGCUCUCCACCGACACAGUGAUCCAGGUCAUCAGUAACAUGACCCAGACCAUCAGGCUGCACUUCCCCAACCUGACGGUCUAUCCUGCCCUGGGGAACCACGACUACUGGCCACAGGACCAGAUGCCGGCCGUCACUAAUGCCAUUUACGAAGCUGCUGCCCAACUGUGGAAGCCCUGGCUGCAGAAUGAAGCUCUGCUCACACUCUCCCAAGGUGGUUUCUACUCUCAGCUGGUAAAGCCUGGUUUGCGGGUGGUCAGUCUCAACACUAUCCUUUACUACGGACCUAAUAAAGUCGCAAGUAACAUGACGGACCCUGCGGGACAGUUCGAGUGGCUGGAGAAGACUUUAGAGAAAGCUGCUCAGAGUCAGGAGAAGGUGUACGUUAUUGCCCAUGUACCAGUGGGGUACCUGCCCUUCACACAAAGCAUCACCGCUAUAAGAGAGAGCCACAAUGAGAGGCUGGUUUCCAUCUUCAGGAAGUACAGUUAUGUCAUCGCAGGUCAAUUCUAUGGCCACACCCACCGUGACAGCAUCAUGGUGCUGCUGGACAAAAAAGGUAAACCACUGAAUUCUCUUUUCGUGUCACCGGCUAUCACACCGAUCAAACACGUUUUGGAGCCGUACUCUAACAACCCGGCUUUCCGCAUGUACUUGUACAACGCCAAGGAUUACGCUAUGUUGGAUAUCUGGCAGUACUAUUUGAAUCUGACGGAAGCCAAUGAGAAACAAAGACCUGACUGGAGGCUUGAAUAUAUCAUGACUGAAGCGUUUGGACUGACUGACCUGCAGCCACAAAGCCUGCUGCAGCUGGGCCUGAGCUUCAGGCUGCCGCAGACCAAGGCCUUUGACAAGUACUUCAGGAACUUCAUGGUGAGCUACAGCAGCAGAAUCAUCUGUGAGGGCGAGUGUAAGGUCAACCAGGUGUGUGCUGUGCUCUACCUGGACCAAGCGUCCUACUCCAAAUGUGUCGCCAAGGGAGAAUGGUAACGUGAAGCUGGAUCCGAGUGAUGGACUCUGAAAGGAUUUGUCUCAGGUGUCGUUUUUUAAUUUUUUGAAAUGAUUUAUUUUUUUACAAUGUUUUCUCAUAAAUGUUGUAAACAUGACAUUUGAAGUAUUCUGGAUUUCCUCCAAGCUUUUAAUUCAUCAGGUGAUUUAAAAAAAAAAAAAAUGUUGGCAUCAAAACCAAAUCCACUGUUACAUUCCCUCAUUCACAAUUACAAAAUUAAAAAUCUAUUUGUCUAAAAAUA